UCUUGCGCCCGUCGCUCAACUUCAGCACCGCGCAGCCCGGCAGCGAGCCGUCGUCCACAAAGUUGAACACCCCCAUUUGGUUAAGGAACCUUCUAUUCCCUUAGGAGCAGGGAUUGGGAACAACCCGAACAGCCCCUCCCCACUUCGCAGGCUUUGCGGGUGAAUGCACUGCUACCUUUUGGCAGUUGGAAGAAGAGGAGGCAAAUCAGUACCCGAGAACCCUCGGCCAAGAAGGCGAAGAAGUGCCUUGGCCUCAGGGGAAAAGCCGCGUCUGGCUCUCACCCAGCGCAGGUUCCCUCUCUCGCUGCUCCGCACUCCCGAGCCAUCCUUCUUUUCCUCUCUCUCUUCCAUAGGCAUUGUUUCCCUGUGUGCCCAUUCUUUUAAACCUUACUUGGUGUCCUCGGGUUCUCCACUGCUCCAGGCCACGGCCCCUGCCCGCGAACCCCUCGGCCCCGACCGCCACCCUUGGGCCCACGUGAGGUCGCAGCCAAGCCCCGCGCUUUCUCGUCGUCGGCCGCGGGCUCCUGUGCCCAGCGCAAUCUCCCUGGGGUUCAGAACGGAAUUGCUCGGCCAGGAGGACCUCGUCCCUCGAUUUCUUGGGCCACCUGCAAGUGUCCCCGGUUGCCGAGGACGUGCAGCCUGGGACGCAGAGGCCCCGGAGCCGUUUGGGGGGCACCGUGGGACGGCGGUCCGGAUGGGUCUCACGCGAAGGACGCGAGGGGCGCCGGGCCGGCCUCGCUGGAGCCAGGCGCGCAGGUGGCGCAUCUUCGGGGCUCACUGUGCGGCUUAAUUGGGUUAAAGCGAAGCUAAACACCGAAGCACUUUGUGCAAACUAAUUGGUGUAACCGGGGCCUUUUCACUAACGAUUUGCACUUUGAAGAAGAAAAAUGGAUGGUGAGAAAAGGACUAAGAAACUCGUUAGUCGUAGAAUGUUCCAGGGAAGUGAAGUCAUUCUGUUUCAAGGACGCCGGGACUGUGUUUUCUGGGCUGCUUCCUCCAGCACCCUUCACACUGGGAGCUGACAGUGAUUUACAUAACACAGGAUUCACCCACCCGCUGUUAUCACUGCAGGUGAACUGGGCGCCCUAGAAUAAUACUCCAGUGCAAGUUCUGCUUGUUGCUGCAACACAGUGAUUUUCUAUUACACUGAACACGUGAAAUGAAUUGCCUUCUGUAGCUGAAACCUUUCAGUGAUCUUAGACACCUCUCAUUGUGGAAGGGAAAAUUAAACUAUUCGAGGAUUAUGUUUUUCUAUCCCUUAAUUUUUUUUAAUUGAAAUGACCUAUGGAGAGGAAUUUAACAUAUAUGGUAUAUUUUUAUGUAAUUCGGCCACUUUUAAUCUAGGCUUUGGAGAUAGUUUUGUGGGAGUAACUUAUUUUAUAGUAAUUUUUUGAAACACCUUUGGCCUAUUGAACUGGUUAUUUCAAAUGAGGAUGUACUAUCUGGGGAUAGCUUAAAAUCAAUUUAUUUACUUAUGUGAGAAGUUAUAAAACAACUCUAAUGAUCCC